GGUGGGGGGAAGGGAGCGAGCGAGCGAGACAGAGCGGUGCGGGUCCCGACGCUUGGAUACGCAUGAGCUCAAAAUUGAAAAUACUUCAGGCAUCUAUCCCCACAUUUACUACAGGACGCCGCCUCAUUGGUUUUGGUUCCCAAACUUUGCGUGUGCUUUUAUUUUUGAAGCCAAAGCGAAACUCCACACCCAUGUAGUUUUGCUUUCUGUUGGGGUUCGAAGUUCCUUCCCCUCCCCGUUGCCCCUUCGUCAGGGGGGAUUGGGUUCCGUUGCCGGCCGGAGACCUUUCAUUUUUCUCCGCUCACCUACCGUGAACUUCUUUUAAAUACAUAUAUAUAUCUUGGGGGGCGGGGUAGAGGCGCCGUUGCUAACAUGCCACAGCCGAAGUCUCGGAAGGUUGCGAUCCUGGGCUACAGAUCAGUGGGGAAGUCCUCAUUGACUAUUCAGUUUGUUGAAGGGCAGUUUGUGGACUCGUAUGACCCCACAAUAGAAAAUACAUUUACCAAACUGAUCACGGUGAAUGGACAAGAUUACCACUUGCAGCUUGUGGACACAGCUGGGCAGGAUGAAUACUCUAUCUUCCCUCAGACGUAUUCCAUAGACAUUAAUGGGUACAUUUUGGUGUACUCAGUUACAUCUAACAAAAGUUUUGAGGUGAUCAAAGUGAUUCAUGAAAAAUUGUUGGAUAUGGUGGGGAAGGUUCAAGUGCCCAUUAUGUUGGUUGGAAAUAAGAAGGAUCUACACAUGGAAAGGGUGAUCAGUUAUGAAGAAGGGAAGAGUUUAGCAGAUUCCUGGAGUGCUGCCUUCAUGGAGUCCUCUGCUAAAGAGAAUCAGACCGCAGUCGAGGUGUUUAAGCGGAUAAUUAUGGAGGCUGAGCGGGCAGACGGAGGGUGUCAGCAAGCCAAAUCUUCGUGCUCAGUAAUGUGAGCCCUGAUGGCGACGACUCUGAAACUGCUUUACUUGAAGAGGCAAACUGCCACUUUCCCUCCGAAUUUAAAAACUCUGCCUUUCUUUUUACCAGUUCCACAGAUGGUCAGAGACUUCCUUUUCUUUCCUCACUUAUGUUGAAUUCUGACCCUAUUGCAAAUAGCUUCACUUCUGCAUUUAAAAAAAACACUUCAAUUCUUAUUUUUCGGAUUGUAUAUUGUAUUUCUUGACGAGCAAUGGAUAGUUGUUUGCCAGCAUUCAUUUUCCAUGUAGUAGGAAUGUCAGUUGGAAAUAGUUGAUCGUAAACCAACAAAAAAUGCAUAUUGUUACACUACUAUUUACACACAGGCUUGGAUAUAUCAGUGUUCUUCUUCAUGUGUUGUAUGUAAACUUGUAAAUAAAAGUUAGCAGCAAACUGAUUUGUUUUUAAUACUUGCUGGUAGAAAUAUACUAGAGUAAAAACUUGUGUUUGUACCAGAUUCCCUGUAUUAUACAAAGCUAUUUUAAAACAAUCGAGAUGGGUUUUAUGAGACUGCAUUUUGUUCUUGCUUUGAAGGCAGCUCAUGGGACCCUGACGUUGACUGACACCUGCUUUUUGUUUUAACUAGUGUAUUUUCUUUGUUUUUAAAUCAUCUAAACCAGUGAUGGCUACCUUCAUUAAUUGAAUAGCUUGCUGUGUGCAGAUUUCUACUGUGUAUUUAAGAGGGUUUUUGAUGGUCUAAAAGUUGAGAUUGGGGAAGUUUAAAAUGCAAUGCAACCAAUUGUAUAUAUUUGAGAAAUUACCAUUUACCUGAGUAUUUUGUUCCUUCAAAACAUAACGUGAUUGAUUAAUGUUGUCGACAAUCUGCAGUAGCACAAUUGCCUUAUAAUCUACAUUCUAAGCCCACCACCCUACAGUCAUUACUUGCAUAGGCACCAACGCAUAAAUCUUCAUAUGGACUAUUUUUGAUUUUUGUUGUGUUGCAUUAGUCAGUGAAAACAAAUUAGUUUCUAUUUUUCCUGCAAGCUCUACUGAAGGGUUGGUAAAGUCUUAUUCAAAUCAUUUACUAAUUUCUAAAUACAGGGUAACUUAAAGUGGGGUUUAAUCCAUGGUAGGUGAGAUUUGCUCACUGCAGAAAUGCAAGUAUUUGUGUUAAGUUAAAGUAAGAUGAAAAUUUAGUUUGUCUUUAGUAUAAAUUUGUUGUGAUUCCCAACUGAUCUGUACACUUGGGCAGUGCAGUUUACAGCACAUGAAAAUAUUGCUAUGAUUGGUCAGAAAUGCAAUAAAAAUAUUUUACUUUCACCUCAUUUGAAUGAUGACAACUAAUUGAGUGGUUUGAUUUGGAAUUGUCAUGGCAGAACACUUCAGCUUUAAUUUCUCACAGUGACCAGAUAUGAGCAGUUCAAAUCAAGAGAGGGAAAUCUAAAAAUACCAUUCAGAAAUCACCAGUUCCUCAAAUUGCACCGUGCCUAUGAUUACCUGGUUGCUUGGGGCUAGCAACAAAGAGUCCACAUUUCAAACUAAUAUUUAAAAACUCUGAUUUGUGCCUAAUUGAAAGGGUAAAGAAUUGGUACAUGGGCACUUUGCCUCCAUGUGGAGGUACAAAAAACAUUUAUUAAUAUGAUACACAGAGAGAAACAGAAAAAUGAGUCAACUGGCAUUAUAAGCCUGCUCCACCACUCAAUGCCAUCAGCUUGAUUCUGUACUUAAGUAUCGAACUCUCAUAUCCAUCAUUAAAUAUAACCCUAAUGCAACUUUGAGAUUUUCCAAAGUUGACAUAACUCCACUCAAAAUGUUCUCUGACCCAUAGGUGUAUUGAAGAUUUUCCACACUUUUUAAUAUUUGAAGUCAAUUUAGCCAUUGACUUCAAAUAUUAAAAUGAAUUCCUCGUGUGAAAGGCUAGAGUUGGUGUUGCCCAAUCAUUCAUUCCUCCCCUUGGUACCAGCACAUGUAUUUGUGUACACCAACUCCCAAAACUGUGAGCCUUGUUUACCAAGGUAGAUAAAGACAUCAGGCACGGAAACACUGUUGUAUGCCUAUUUCCCUCCCAAGUUGGACACCACUGUGACUUGGAAGUUCAUUGAUGUUCCCUUAUUGCUGGGUCUGAAUCUUGGAGCUCCCUAUCAAAUCACACUUGAAAAGUAUCUUCCCGGGAAGGACUGCAGUAGUUCAAGUAAUCCACCACUUGUAGCUUAGGGACCGAGAACGAACAGUGGCUUUGACUGUGAUGCCCUUUUCUAGAAAAGAAGAAAUCCCUUCAAAUGUGCACCUAGGACAUUUAAAUGUUCAAUGCUGAUAUCCAUCUGCCAGCAUUGAAAGUUUUGCAGAUGAAUAUCAUCUGUUUUAAAAUCUGAACAUUUUUCCACUGCAGAUUUGAUGGUGGUAGGGAGCCUUUGCUUUGGACUGCUUCAAUCCUUCUGGUGAGCGGAACAUUCCCUGGUUUUGAUGCAGAGUCUGAGAAACAAUGGGGUAUCAAGGGAUCAAACCAAAGCAUGGAGUCCAAUGGUAUGCCACCAGCAAUGAAAUAGCUGCCAUCUGGUGGUUGAAGUGUGCGCCUACAGGUGUGACGAAACCAAAAUUAAAGGGAGCAUGACGUAGCAAAUUUUAAUAAUUGCUAUAAUAUUGGGGUGGGGGGAACAGCAACAGUAUUAAGGUGCUAAAUAGUUCAUUGGUAACUGAACUACCUUUCAGUCAGUAAUGUCUUAGUUGGUUCAUUGCAUGUACAAACUAAAUUUAUGUGCCUUUUAUUGUAUGGAUCGGAAACUUGAUUAGGUGUCAGAGAUGGUCUUUAUGGUCACUUUAUCCUAUCAUAAUGGAAAUGCAGGUUUUUGUAUCUAAAUAAUAAACAUGCUUUGGUUGGGAAAAGUCAAUAGUCUGAUUUCAUUG